AUGGUUUUAUAUGUUAUUGGUUUAGGUUUGGGUGACGAAAAAGAUAUUACUAUCAAAGGAUUGGAAGCUAUAAAGUCAUCGGAUAAAGUUUACUUGGAGUUUUACACUUCGUUGUUGGGUGGUUCGACUUCGAUCGAUAGAAUGAAAGAGUACUAUGGAAAAGAUAUUAUUUUGGCCGAUCGUGAAAUGGUUGAAUCCGGUUGCGAAGAGAUGCUAGAGGAGUCGCGAACUAUGUCCGUCAGUUUCUUGGUGGUCGGUGAUCCAUUCGGUGCUACCACUCACACCGAUUUGGUGAUGCGUGCGAAAGAGCGAUCGAUUCCCUAUCAGGUCAUCCAUAACGCUUCGAUUAUGAAUGCCAUCGGUUGUUGUGGAUUGCAGUUGUACACCUACGGACAAACCAUCUCGAUGGUAUUCUUCACUGAGACUAGCAAGCCAGAUUCCUUCUACGAUCGUAUCAAGUCGAAUCGUCGUGAUGGAUUGCAUACUUUGGUGUUGUUGGAUAUCAAGGUGAAGGAGCAAUCGAUUGCCAAUUUGCUGCGUGGCAAUAAGAUCUAUGAGAAACCGAGAUUCAUGACAAUCAACCAGUGUAUCGAACAGCUGUUGGAAAUCGAGGAACUCAGACAGGAGAAUGUCUACAGUAAAGAUACACUCUGUGUUGGAUUGGCUAGAGUUGGACAAGACACCCAACAAAUCACCAGUGGAACCAUGGAGGAAUUGGUAAACGUCGACUUUGGAGCACCUCUACAUUCAUUCGUUAUUGCAGGUGACAUGCAUUUCCACGAGAAGGAAUUCUUCGAGUCAUUCAGAGUCAACUCUGAAACCAAGAGAUUACCACCACCAGAAUCAUCAGAUAACGAAGAUAACUAA